AUGUCCAUCUACUCUGACCCGCCGGCGCUGCGAGACUUUUCGCAGGACAAGCCUUCGCUGCUGGUCUGCUGGUGGGCCACCAUCUUCUGCGCCCUCAUGAUCCUGCUGCGAAUCGCUGGCCGCUUCAUUCGAACCGAAAGGCUCUUUGCCGAGGACAAGUUCGCCGCAGUCGCCUUGAUCCCUUUGUUCUUGCGCAUGGGAUGCGUCCACUUUAUCCUCGUCAACGGAACCAACAAUGCCGACUUCACCGGAGUCACCCUCACUGCCGAAGAAAUCCGAAAGAAAUCCAUAGCCAGCGGCCUGGUGCUUCUCAGUCGUGUACUCUAUGCCGCUACACUAUGGAUUCUCAAAGGCACAAUACUCGAGUUCCUAAAACGAAUCGCCGACCUUACCUGGCAGCGAACCCAUCACUACACCCUCAUCGCCAUCCGAUGCUCCCUGGGUCUCACCUUCAUCGCCGUCGUCAUUAGCGACCUCGCCGAAUGCAACCCCUUCAGACAUUAUUGGCAAGUCCUGCCUGACCCUGGUGGUCAGUGUCGCCAAGGCUAUGUCCAGCUCAUCACAAUGGCCGCCUGCAACAUCCUCACCGACCUGAUGCUCGUCAUCUUUCCCAUCCCCAUCAUUAUCCAGAGCAACAUGCAGUUCCGCAGAAAACUCCAGCUCCUCCUACUAUUUUCUCUCAGCUUGUCCGUUGUGGCAGUCUCCAUCUACCGAGUUCCGCACAUCAUGGACGUAGACGGUCGACAGCAGUACCGAUCGCUGCUUGCCUCUGUCGAGUUGAUUUUUGCAACUGCAUCCGCAAACGCCCUUGUUUUGGGCUCGUUUGUCCGAGAUCGAGGUGUCAAGAAACAGAAGCCCAGACGAACUUCCACCGCUGCCGAGUCGUUCGAGCGCAGCACCGCCAUUCGGAGACCAACUAUCCAUCGACAGUGGGGCAGCGACGAAGACUUGGUCAGAGAUCUUGGCCUGACCGUCGAGCCUGAACUCCGAGAGCAGCCAGACAGCCCGUCAUCCGACCUGUAUGCGCCAAUCAGGCCAAUGCAGUCUGCCGAGCAGGGCUCAGAUCAGUGGCGUCAUCAGCAGCGGGAGCAAGAGGAUAGUGCCCAGGAUAGCGCCCCGGAAAGCUCUCCACAAAGUGCAAAGGCAAGCCAAGACCUGCUGAUAUACAAGACCGAAUCCCGGACCGAAUCUCAGCACGAAUCGAGAAAGCUGUCCUUGUUCGACGUCGGCGGCCUUCUUGAAGAUGGACCCGGCACCAGCAGUGGAAGCUAUAGAAGAGGCAGCAGCUUUACUUCCUCUUCCAUGGAAGCCAGCACCUCUCAAACCGCCCCGCCGGCGUCGCGAAAGGCCAGCGUAAACGGUGUCCGGCGUGGCUCAACGGCGCUGCUUCAAGAUCUGGGCGGACUCCUGGGCCCCUUAAACUCAAAGUCGUCUGUGCGAUCGAAACACCGAACCGGAACCGAGCUGCAGCCUAUCCAACAAUCUCACCAAGAGCAUCAUGCCUCCAAAGACGAAGGCGGUGAUCUUGUUCUCAGCGACCCUGGUGGCCUCUUGCGAUGA